AUUUGGUUAUCUAAUGUUCAUUGCAAUGGAUCUGAGUCUAGCAUAUUUGAUUGUAAUUAUGCGCCUUUGGGAAACAACAAUUGUACUUCAGCUAAUGAUGCCAGUGUCAUUUGUACUAAUAUUCCUAUUAAUCCAUAUCCUGUUAGAUUAGCUGAUGGUAUUAAUGAUCACUCCGGUCGUGUCGAGAUAUUUUAUAACAACGAGUGGGGGACCGUCUGUGAUAAUCAUUGGACUAUGAAUGAAGCUAACGUCGUAUGUAGAGAACUAGGAUUCCCUGGUGCUCAAGAUGGCGGUGCUCUUGGUGGUUCAGCUAGUACAGCAGGUAACGGUCACAUUUGGUUAAGCAACAUAAACUGUCAAGGAAAUGAGUACUUCUUGCAUCAGUGCAGCCAUGAUCCUUAUGGCAGUAACAGCUGCCAGCACGUGAAUGACGCUAGAGUGAUAUGUAAAG